GGUGGCUUUGGAUUAGGAAAUAGACUUAAAAAUGACAUAGAUAGACAAAUGAUGAAUAAAGAGGAAUGAGAGAAGGGAAAUAAUGAAGGAGAGAAGGAGAAACGCGAAAAAUUAAAUGAAGGGAGGGAGAGAGAGAGCGGAGGACGAAGAAAAAGGAGGAAAGAAGGAAGAGGAAGAUUAAAAGCAAAGAUAACAAAAGCAAAAGAUAAGAUAAGAAUUUGUGAAAGGAAUCCGGCGUGUUGGGAAAGUUUGUUCAGUUAUUUAAUGAAAGAUUGAAGAAAAACUGGAUUCCAACACGACUAUAACUGAUUGCAGUGGUAAAGAGGCAGCGGGAGGGCAGGGCGUCAUGGCAGCAGCGGCGGCAGCGGCGGUGAGGGUGGGUGUGUGUAUCUUCCUUGUAUUCAUCACCUACUUGGCACGCCCUGGAUCUUCUCUCUUCUCCUGGCAUCCCUUCCUCAUGUCCCUGGCUUUCACAGGGUUGAUGUCGGAGGCUGUGUCAAUCUUCACCAGGCACAGUUUAGCAUCAGGGCGUCCUCACAGCACCAAGAUCACUGCACACUGGGCACUAUUAGCAGCAGCGGCGGCAGCACAUGGCCUGGGGUAUGCUGCGAUAUACUACACCAAAGAAAGCAAGAAUAAACCUCACCUGACCUCGUGGCAUGGGUUAUUGGGGCUGGCAACCUCUAUUUUACUGUGGGGUCAGGUCACCAUUGGGGUUGUUGCGAAAUAUCCAAAGGUCGUUGAGAAAUUUGUGUCUUUAAGGUCAAUAAGGUCAGGUCAUUCGCUCUCCGGGUCGCUGUGUUUUUGUUUAGGGAUGGUGUGUGUGUGUGUGUCGUGCUGGAGUGACUGGUUCCAGGGUGGUGCGGAAAAGUUGGGUGAUUUUGGUGUGUGGUGUGUGUGGGGUGUGGUGAGUCUACAUGUGGUGCUUCUGUGUGUGGUGUGCAAGAGACAUGUCACCAGGUAUGUGUGGAAGUAGUGGUGCUGUUGUCAUUGUUGUUGUUGUUGUUGUUUUUCUUAAGGUAUGUAGGGAAAUGGCCAGUCAAUCAGUCAGUCAGUCAGUCAAUCAGAUGUCACUUCUCUCUAAAGCCAACAUGUUCCUUCCUUUGCCAGUUAGUCAUUUCAUUUUUCUCUAGUGUGGCAGCAGUAGAAGUGCUAGUAAUAUAAGUAUAAAGACUAUUUUUCUAGUGUUAAUGGGAUCAGAAACUAUUGUCUUUUAUAUUUAGGACAUAAUAAUAAUAAUAAUAAUAAUAGUAAUAAUAAUGAUAAUAAUGCAUUCCUGUUUUCUAAUAAUCACAAUAACAAUGCAUUAAUUUCUCUAAUUAUAUAAUGACUCCAUUUUUGUAGUGUUAAAAGCAUAAAAGGAUCAGAAACUACUGUCUUUUAUACUAAGGAUGUAAUAAUAAUAGUGAUAAUAAUGCAUUCUUUUUUUUUUUUUUUAUACCAUGUGGGCUUUUCACGGGAAUUUAUGGGCUAAAGGGGAUACUUUUUAGGGUACCUCCUAUCUUAAAGCCCACCCGCUAGGAAACCGUUGCCCUGAGUGAGGAAGCCCAACCUACACUCAGACUGUGGACAGGAUUCGAACCCGUGCGCUUGGAGACCUCUAGGAUGCAUUCCUUUGUCUAAUUAUAUAAAGAUGCUAUUUUUGUAGUGUUAAAAGCAUAUAAGGAUCAGAAACUACUGUCUUUUAUACUGGGGAUGUAAUAAUAAUAACAAUAAUAAUGCAUUUCUUUGUCUAAUUAUAUCAAGACUAUAUUUUUCUAUUGUUAAAAGGAUCAAAUACUGUUUUUCUUAUAUUUAGUGUGCAAUGAUGGCAAUAGUAACAAUGCAUUCCGUUGUCUAAUGGGAAAAAGUAGCAGAAUGCGUUGUUUUGUGUGGUGCUGAUGUUCUUGGGGGGAUAAACAAGACAAACAACAUUUCUUAAGUGUGUUUGUCAUUUUAGUUAAGUGUUUUGUUGAAGUUGUUUGCUCUCACAGUGAUAAACAACAUUUCUUGACAGUUUUUCAUAUUAGUUAGGUCUUUUCUUGAAGUUGUUUGAUGUUACAAUGAUAAAAACAUUUCUUAAGUGUGUUUUUCAUAUUAGUUAGGUCUUUUGUUGAAGUUGUUUGCUCCUACGGUGAUAAACAACAUUUAUUUAGACAGGGUUUCAUAUUAAUUAAGUGCUUUGUCUAACUUGUUUGUUCUCACAGUGAUAAACAACAAUCUUAAGACAGUUUUUCAUAUUGAGUGUUUUGAUAUCUUUUUUUUCUAGGUUUUGUGUGGGUUACCUGAGUUUGUGGUUAAGAUGUGUUACUAAUUGGUCAUUCCCGAGGCAGGUGACACAGCACACCACCACAAAGCACACUACAACACCUCAAUCUAUUCCUUAUGAUUUUUUUUCUUUUCUUUUUUUUUCCAAUGAAUUUUUUGGUUACAAUUAAAAUGAUGUUUUGUCUAAGCUUUUUUGUUUACUCUGACAGUGAUAAACAACAUUUCCAAGUGUGUUUGUUAUAUUAAAUAUGUUUUGCUAUAUAAUUUGUUUGCUUUGACAGUGAUAAACAAUAUUUCCAAGUGUGUUUUUCAUAUUAAGUGUCUUGUAUCUAAUUUGUUUUUCAUAUUAAUUAAGUGCCUUAUCUAAUUUGUUUGCUCUGACAGUGAUAAACAACAUUUCCAAGUGUGUUUGUCAUAUUAAUUCAUUUGUUUCCUAAGUUUUCAUAAUAGCAAGAUGAGUAAAGUGCUAAACAAUUGUU